AUCCUGCGCAGGCCCCCGAGCAGAUCUGGCCGCCGAGCCUGAUAUCCGCACCAGUGACACGGGUGUGUGGCUCAAUGUGUGACGAUGUCGUCUCCCAUUCGGGAGUCGACUCUUCUGGGCGUUUGCGACGGCGAGCUGGACGACCUCACGUAUCCCUCGUCCUUCCUCACCAAUAAGGUGGGCGGGCUUCCAGAUGUCGUACCGGGCCUACCCCGCGUGUUUCCCCGUUGCGAGUGCUGCUCGGCCCCGCUGGUCCACAUGGUGCAGGUGUACUGCCCCCUAGAGGAGUCGCCCUACCACCGCAGCCUCCAACUGUUCGCUUGCCAGGCCGCCGGAUGCGGCGGGCGGCAGGACAGCUGGACGGCGCUGCGCUCGCAGUGCCUGGUGCACGACGGCAGAGCGGCGCAGGCGUCCGGCGAUCCGGCGCCGACGAAGGCGGCUCCUCUGUCGGUUGGUGACUGGUGUGACUCCGCAGAUGACUGGGGCAUGGACGACGACUACGAGGAAGAGGAGAAGAAAGACAUCCACAAACCUGUCCCGGAGGACGAAAAAGAGGACGUCAUGAGCAGCCAACUGGACGCCCUCCAUCUGGCAGAGCCUCCACCAGAUGUCCCUGUUCUGCGACCUUUCUUCAUCAGUGUGGUGGACGAGGAAGAUGCGCGGGGCGAAGACAACGAGGAGGAGCGGUCGCACGCUGAGCAACUGUUGAGGGACUACGAGCGGAGGGAGGGAGCGGUGGCGGUCCAGCCUGACGACAUCGGCGGCGGCGAGAAGUACGAGAAGAGUCGAGCGCAUCAUGGCGACCAUCACUUCUCCAGGUUCCGCAAGAGGAUCUCGAUGUGUCCUCAGCAGAUCCUGCGUUAUCGUCGCGGCGGGCGACCGCUCUUUAUCUCGGAACCGCCGGCCAACGAGCGGCCGGCGGCGUCGGCGUGCGCAUCCUGCGGCGGCCCGCUGACGUUUGAGCUGCAGCUCAUGCCGGCGCUAGUCAAUAUGUUAUCCUGGAAGGACGCGGCCGGCGACCGGUCGCAGCCCGAUUUUGGAACUGUGCUGGUCUACACCUGCGCCCGUAGCUGCUGGACAUCCUCGGAGCGGCGACCCAUCCGCGAGGUCUGCUUGGUCCAGAUGGAUCCGGACCAUCAGCUCUUUAAAUGAAAGGGGACUGGUCGCCU